GCUGGCAAAGUGCACACACAGUAUAGCUGCCGGGAUACGCGCGAGACGAGCAAAGCUGCUUUCAUCUCGAGCAAUUCUUUUGAAAUUACGCCUCUUUGUUCUUUUAUUCCGCACAUCACAGAGAGAAGACAUCAAGGUCGACGACUUAAUGGGUUAAUUUGGCCAUGACCACCCCUAUGGAGGCGAACGCGACUCUGGAGACCACGGAGGACCCCGCUAAUCUCACGGCGCUGCCGCCAGUUUUUUCUGAAGUCAACGUCGGAGGGCUGAACUGGUGCGUCGAGUGGAAAGACCCGCAGCACGUCCUCUUUCAACUGGCCAACGUUUGCUUUCUGAUUUCCUACUUGGCGCCCAAUUCUCGACACGGCAUACUUUUCAUGCAUGCCACCCUUACGCUAGGUUUCCUGCUGUUCUGCACGUGGUCGUGGAACAUAAUCUGCGCUGCCGACAUCUUCACCUGGAACUUGGCCUUCAUCUUCUUCAACGCCGGCCAACUGCUCUCGAUAAUUUAUCAAAUGCGGCCGGUCAAGUUCGACGCCGAGCUCGAGGACGUUUAUCUCACCCUCUUCUACCCGUUCAAGGUGUCGCGCUCCACGUUCAAACGAAUGGUCAACAGCGAGUUCGCGCAAAUCAUGUCCCUGCACGCCGGCGAGGCCUACGCCAUGCAGAAUUUGACCAAAACCGACCGACUUGGGCUGCUCAUUUCAGGAAAGAUCAACGUGUUGUCCGAUCAACAAUUUCUGCAUCACAUCUUGCCGUGCGAAUUCCUCGACUCGCCUGAGUUCGAAUCGAGCAAGGCAAACACCGAGGAUAAAUUCAAGGUGUCAAUAGUGGCGGCCACUUCUUGCCGCUACGUUUACUGGAUGAGAACUGCCCUCGAAUAUCUAUUCGUCAAAGAGCCGUACUUGGCCACGGUACUUACGACGCUGAUUGCGCGCGACAUCACAACCAAGCUGUACACCAUGAACACCAAGCUCAUGACCUCGAGGGGGUCUCACCUGGAUAUCCGACUGCCGAGCAUCAGUUCCGCGGCGUUCGGCUCCAUGGCUGCUGGCGAAUACAAAGAUCCGCCGCGCAGCAUAAAGCAUAGCACAUUUGCCGACACAAUGUUUGCUGGCAACUUUCCGACUGUGAAGGACACGACGGGUCUGCUGCUGCCCAACGGCCGACUGCAGAUGGAGCCGCUGCGAGAGUUGCCGUCGACCGACGACUUGGCGUCGGGCGUGCAGAGCUGGUUGGACACCAAUUCCAAGUUCCACGGCCACCACACGCCAGACCACAACUUUUGAAACGACGCAUGUAUGCAACCCGCUGAACCGCAGUGACGCACUUAUUGCAUACGGCCGUUAACACCAGGCGCUUAUUGUUCUGUUGAGGUCGGAUUUAAGAAAAUUGUUUGGAGAAUUAUUAAAAAAAAAAAAACAGACUGCUGAUAACCAGAAUUAAAUAGGAAUGAAUAAAAU